UUUUGAUCCAUUGACAAACAGAAAAGAAGAAAAACAUUCUCAAUCCUCUUCAAUGGAGAAUAGUUUUCUCUGGCCAAAAGCUUGCUGUCCUUGUCAAUAUAAUAACAGUAAGGUCCUCAAAUUGCCAAGCGAGAAAGUCGCUAAAGUGGCAAAAUUAUCACGACGGUGUAUCCUGCAACCUGACUGUGAGAGGAGAUGCCAGCAUUAGAGGAGUCUCAGGGUGUCAACAAAGUUGUGGACAGCAUCUGUAAACUUUCUCCAGAUCUGUUGGCGGAAACAUGUCGCCAUAUUCUGUUUUACCUUCAAGGGCAAACUAAAGGAGUAGAUUCAGCUGAAAUUUCUGAUGCAUUCCAGAGAGCUGGAGUCAGAUGUGACCAUGAGGCUCUGCAGAACAUUAUCAGAUUUCUCUUGUUAACAUUCAGGUCUGCUGGGAAGAGUAACCUCUCUGGGGACGACCUUGUGAAGAGGCUGGAAGAAGGCAGCAGUAAGUGGCCCAAAGCUUCCCUUCAGGUGUUGCACAGGUUGUGGAGUGAACACGGUGCAUCAGUCCGUGCUCAGCAGGAGGUCGAGUCAGCGCUUAGCAUCGGUCAGUUAGUGGACAUGCAGUGGAAGCUCGGCAUGGCAGUGAGCUCCGACACCUGCCGCUCUCUCAACUCCCCAUACGUGUCUCUUCUGUUAAAAAUCGUUGAACCCUCUGGGCAGAUCUGUCAGAAGUCUUUUGAAAUGACCAUUCCUCAGUUCCAGAACUUCCACAAGCAGUUCAAGGAGAUGGCAGCCGUUAUGGAGACUGUGUGAUGGAUGCAAGCACACAUCGGAGCUUAGGAGCUGGUUGAAAUGACACCCCAAUUUACAUGAAACCAUUGGUAGAACAGCUUGGCACAGGUGUGUGUCUUCUGUCUCAUAUUGUGGAUAAAUAUUAGGGCAAAUGUCUACUUUGCACUUUACAUUUUUUGUAUAUGACUUAAGCUCCUACAUUAUUUAUCAUUAGGAAGUCCAGCUGUUUAAAAUAGUAAAAUAAAUGCUUGUCAUCACUUUUUUUAAUUCAUUGCAAAUACAUAAGUUUACUUUCUCCCAUUAACUAAUGUACAAUGAAUGCUAAUGCAGUCUAAUACACGUCAGUCUGUAAUACUACAUAUACUGUAAUAUGAUUUUUUUUUGUUCUGGUGAAGAGAGGUACUGUUAAACUGUAUUGCAAUAUACAGAGAGAUGCAAUACAAUUCAACAGCAACACAAGUUCCAAAAUGAACAAAUAGUUACAUCGACACCCCUCUAAAACAGAAGAAAAACAUAUAUACCAUAUCACCUAUGCAAAUGUAGGAUGCCUUUUCAGGAUUGUUGUAUUAAUAUAAGUGUCGUUGUAUUUUUAUUUUUCACUAGGUGUACCUAAUAAACUUGCCACUAAGUGCACUGAUAAUACUGCAAACCCUGUCAAACAAACAA